AUGGUUGAGCAGGCAUUAGGUGGGGUUUAUUUGGUAUUGAGUUUAUUAGGGUUGACAGUACUGUAUUUGACGAGAAAAUGGGUGGUAGUAUACAAGAAAGGCGGGGGGGGCACGAAGAAACUGCCACCGUCGCCACGUAAGCUACCAAUCCUGGGGAACCUUCACCAAGUAAGCGACCUGGGUCACGGGCCGCUGGAAUUGCUCGGCAGGAAGUACGGGCCGAUAAUGCUUCUCCAGAUGGGAAGCAAGCCCGUGAUUAUCGUCCAAUCGGCGGAUGCGGCUCGGGAGAUCAUGAAAACAAACGAUCUCCUAUUCGCCGACAGGCCGCACACGGUAACCACCAAGAGACUAUGCUACAACCUCAAGGACAUGUCCGUAGCGCCUUACGGCGAGCACUGGCGGAAUCUUAGGAGCAUCACCACGCUCAAGCUCCUGAGCGCCAAAAUGGUCCAGUCUUUCGAUUUCAUCCGCCACGAAGAAACCUCACUUCUUAUGGAAGAAAUCAAGAAUUCGGCGCAGCCGGUGAAUCUGAGCCGGCUGUUUUGGUCGCUGGCAAAUGACGUCAUCUGCAGAGCAGUUUUUGGGAGGAAGUACAGUAGCCAGAGCCAGGGGGAAGGUGGGGAUGAUCAGUUUCUGACGCUUCUCGGGGAGGCUUGA